UGCUGCUGCUGCUGCUGCUGCUGCUGCUGCGGAGGACGGGGGGGAGGAGGAGGAGGAGGAAGCAGCGCGCGGGACGCUCGCGACGACGGAUCCAGCCAAAGCUGCAGAUGUGUCUGCUGCUGCUGCUGCUGCUGCUGCUGCGGCCGGAAACAGCCUUAAGGGCGCCUUCUGGACGCGGCGCCGCUGCGGAUUCCGAGAGCCCGCCGCCGACACCAGAGCCGACACCGACGCUGCAGCAGCAGCAGCAGCAGCAGCAGCAGCAACGAGCUCUGCUGCUGCUGCUGCAGCAGGUUGGAGGACCAGCGAGGCGAGCGAAGCCGGGGACUGGCUCCGGGCGUCCUCGGCCAGUGGACAGCAGCAGCAACUGCUGCUGCAGCAGCAGCAGCUCCUGCAGCAGCAGCUGCUCCAAGACUGCCUCGCCCUCCAGGUCCCUUCUUCUCCGUGCCCCUCUAAAAGAGGGCCCCCCGCGGGGGACCCCACAAACCUCUUAUCCAAAUUAGUAAAGUUAUGUAAAGAGAGACAGCCCUCCGGCGAUGUCUCGGACACUGUGCUGCUGCAGCCCCGGCAGGGAGCUGCUGCUGCGCCACCCGCAGCAGCAGCAGCAGCAGCAGCAGCAGAGGACUGCGCCCCGUCAAGCGCCAACGUCGCCGCGGCGGCUUCUGCUGCAGCAGUCCAGGACCCCGCAGCAGCAGCCGCAGCACUCGUGGAAGCAGAGUUCUCCCUCAUGCGCCAGAUUUCAGGAGCUCUGCGCAGCAGCAGCAGCAGCAGCAGCAGCAGCAGCACCGGCAGCAAGCCCCGUAGUGCACAGGGCAGGGACGCGGGAUGCGUGGGGCCCGCGUUGGGGUCCCCUAUUGAGGUGGCUGCUCGCGCGCUGCAGGAGACGCUGCAGCAGCAGCAGCUGCUGCUGCUAAGCAGCAGCAGCAGCAGCAGCAGCUGCGACGCCGCAAACACGUCUGUCGAUACUCCCGACCGCCUCUCUUCUCUUGUCUUCGCCACUCCCACAACAGCAGCAAGUCUGGGGUCACCUGCGUUGUCUGUGUCUUUGAGUUCGGGCAGCAGCACGAAGCCUGCCUGCGGCGCGGAGGCAGCAGCAGAGGACUGUCUGCAGCCCGCCGCUGCUGCUGCUGCUGCUGCUGCUGCUGCUGCUGCUGCAGCAGGCGUGGGGGCCGUGGAGGCGGAGGGCGCGGCCGGCGGCCCCGGGGAGAGGAGGCAGUCGAGUUCUUCUGUCUCUUCUUCUGCAGCUUUCUCGAGCCCCAAGCCCGAGGACACGCCGCGGGCUGCUGCUGCUGCUGCUGCUGCUGCUGCGGUUCCGCCGCCCUGUGUGGCUGCUGAGCGGCCCGCGGCCGCGGGGCCGAGCAGAGGCGGCGCCGCGGCAGCAGCAGCAGGCGCAGCAGCAGCAGCAGCAGGAGAGAGCCCGAGCGAAGCCCCGCGUGGAGUUUGCGGGGGGUGGGCCCCCCGUUCGGGGGUCCGGGGGCCCCCCAGCGGGGCGGCGGGGGGGCCCCCGGAAGCCGAAAAGAAAGGCAGCAGCAGCAGCAGCAGCAGCAGCAGCAGCAGGCUGCAGCUGAUGAAAGCUGCUGUUUGCGCGCUGCUGCGGGACCUGCGGGACGUGUGUCUGUUGAGCUGGGUGCCUUACUACGUAAUAGAGCCUGAGGAAGAGUUUGCAUGUCUUUCAAAGUGUUUGUCUUUGGCAGAGAGCUGCAGCACGGAGCAGCAGCUGCUGCCACUCUCUGCACCUCUUGCUGCUCUCAUUCUCCAAAACACUCUCCCCAGCAGCCUCCCCGUCCGGCAGCAAAAAGACCUCCUCGAAAAAAUGCUCCGCGCAGCCAAACUCGUCGCCGUCUGA